GCCCCUCCCGCCGCUCCCGCCACCGCCCGCAGCCGCCGCGGCCCCCACGCCCGCCCGUGUCGGUGGAGGAUGGUGGCGGCCCGGGGCGCUGCCGCUCGCCGCGGAGUGUUGCUGCUGCUGUUCGCCGCCCUCGGGGCCUGCCGCCUGCGCCUCGCCCGUGCCGCAGCAUCGUGUCCCCGGAGCCUGGACUGUGCCCUGCAGCGCCGGGAGUUCUGCCCACCCGGGUCGGGCACCUGCGGCCCCUGCCUGCCUCCCUUCCGGGAGGACAACCGCGGGCGAUGCAUCCAGAAGCAGCUCUCACCCAGCGGGCGGACAUCCAUUCCCAGCUUGGAUGAAAAAAUCGAUUUUCUGGUGGACGUGCUGGCCAGGCAAGAAGCUCCUCACUCCCACCCACUGCAGGAUGGCAAGCCCAGGACCACCCUGGUCCCUGCCAGUGGCAGACAGCGCAUGGCCAGCAGGCUGAGAGAGGGGCUUCUGCAGCGGGAGGCAGCCACCACCCUCCCCACCUCCACCACCACUGCAGUCCAGAAGUACCCGGUGGAGGUGUCCCCCAUCCCUUCAAAUGAUGACAUGGUGCUUGGGCUGAUCAUGGUGUGCACAGUGGCUGGGAUCUCGGCACUGAUCGUGGCUGCAGUCUGCUGGUGCAGGCUGCAGAAGGAGGUCAGGCUGGCACAGAAAGCAGACUACUCAGCACAGCGAGCGGCCAGCCCCCUACCCUAUGACAAGAUCUCGCCCGGGGACAAGACGCUGGCUCAGAGUGCCCAGAUGUACCACUACCAGCACCAAAAGCAGCAGAUGCUCUCCAUGGAGAAACAUAAAGAGGAGCCCAAGCUGCCAGACUCAGCAUCAUCUGACGAGGAGAAUGAGGAUGGAGACUUCACCGUGUACGAGUGCCCUGGGCUGGCUCCGACUGGAGAAAUGGAAGUGAGGAACCCGCUGUUUGACGACUCCUCCUUACACCCCUCCAACCCCAAGUCGCACCAGUAACACCCCUCCUCUCCUCUGCCUGAGCUUGCUACGGACUGUACGCCCAACGCUGAAGCCCGGCGGGGCGGCCGCGCCAGAGGGGCACCCGCAGCCAGGCGAAGGGGCACGGACCCCGCUCUGCCAGACUGUUCGACGCCUGCCCAAUAAACACCCACUAACAGCUAUGGGAGGGGGGGAUCGCCCCCGUUUCCAGCGUCCUUGUCCUCUUUGCUGCUGUGAUCGCGUCCCUGCCUUACCCUUCACAAGCUGCUCUCCGGGACACGCCAGCCCCCGGGGUGGGGGGGCGGCCGCUGCCUUGGCACAGAACCUGGCAGGGGGUACAACGCUGUCUCUUUGCAUUUGGCUUUGAGGAGGGGGCUGCUGCCCCGGCUGCGGCUGGGCUGAUGCGACAGCAGCUGGGAAAGGGCUGGAGGGGGGGGGUCAGAGGGUGGGAGAUGGUCCAGGAGGGUCCAGGCACACUCGUGCCUGGAGGGGAAGGCAUCAGGGCUGCCAGCCUGCCCAGACCCCCUCUUGCCAGGGAUGGAGACUUUCCCCGGAGCGCGUGGCAUCGCUGAAGGCUCUGGUGCCUGGCCUGCACCCUCCUCCCCAGGCCAGGCAGCCCCUGGCAGCAGGGUCCCGCUCCAGGAGCCAAGGGCAGGAGCAGGCUCAGGCAGGUGCUGGCAUUGCUCCCCGGGAUGCACCUUCAGAUGCCGCCCUGUGCUGUGCCUGGCUGGGAGCAGAGGCUCUGCCCUGGCCCCCUGCACCAGCUCCAUCCUCUUCUAGGGGUGCUGGUCCUCAGAAGCCCUGGGGCACAGACAGUCCCAGUGCUGCUGUGGCCUGGGACCCCGUGCUGGGCUGUGCCAGCAGAGGAUUUGCUCGUGGUAGCCCUGGGUGCCAGCUGGGCUCUCACCCCAGGCCUCCAUGGGGUGAAAGCUCAGAAAAAGGGUUCAGGGUUUUGGUUUUAAGCCCGUGGGACCAUGGGGGAGGAUGGAAUGAGACUGGUGGGGGCUUGGGGGGCUGGGAGGGGUAGCCAAGGCACAAUGGCUUUGCUGUGCUGCUUCUCUGCACAGAGCCCAGCCUGGUGCUCUCUCCGGGCAUCCCUCUGUGGCAGUGGACAGUCUCUGCUGCUCCAUCCCGGGCACCUCCUGGGCUCCAGAGACCCCCUGUACCCCUCCGCUGCCUGUGUCUGUGUCCGGCCUCACCAGCCCCCACUGACACAUUCUUGCUCGGAGCCCAGCGCUGUUCCCCAAAAACCUCCCUGGUGCAUUGGCUGUGACCCCUCCAGCAUAAGGCCCGGGAUGGGUUUUGCGUCGCUUUUCACAGCUGUGGCUUCAUGUCCAGACCCUGGUGUGGACCAUCAUGGCCACGGGUAACCUGUUGCACGCAGGUCGUGUCUUGCAUGGGGGUGGCCUCUUGCACGGACAGGAGCUGUUGCACGCACGGGAGCCAUUGCACGCUCAGGAGCUGUUGCACGUGCAGGCAGGCACUGGCAGGGCAGGCAGCAGUGGCAGGGCUGUGCCAGUGAGCGGUGGUGGUGUGGGACCAUCCCCGGCGGGGUGGCCGGCAGAGGCUGUCACUGCACAGAUCCUUUCCCCACGCCCUGCUCCCCUACCCAUGGGGCUCUUGCCCUUCUCCCUGCACCCCUCGUUGUUGUAUGGAUUGUAGUUCUUUUAAAAGGAGAUUUUAUUAAAUGACAUGUUUGAGACUCA